AUGCCUCUUGGCGUUUCCAUGCGUUUCCCAAGAGGCAUCCCCAACUCCAACACCCUGCGCAGUUUGAAGAACGAAUUCCUAUUGCCUGGCAGAGAAGUAGAAGAGCCGCCAGAGCCCUUCAGAGAGAGACAGGGCGUGCAUGAGACCCCAGUGAAUCCGACUGGUGAAUCAGUCGUCCUUGUCACUUGUGGCUGGGCCGCCGGGCCCACUGAGGUGUCCUUUCCACGAAUGGAUUUCUUCGAGGAGCACCCCGAGCGCUCACCUUUGUCUCGCUUUGGCGACUUGAACAUCAUGAAUCCGAAUCCUUUCUCAAGUGAAGCCAGAUAUCGCAUGGCAAGGACACUGCCAUCUUUUGGACAGGGUGGUUCAUCAAGCAUGCCACAACUUCGUCAGAUUACUGCGACUCCGGCCUCUGCAGAUUCCAUGAGUAAGAAGGAGACCCGGGAAGGUCCUGCCUGGGGCUUUUGGCUUAGAACAGGUUCACGUGCCAAGAUCGCAGAUAAGCCUCGAUCUGGGAUUUCUGGAAAAGGCACCAGAGGCUGGCAAGGUGUAGAACCAGACAUGUACUACAAACAGCUCCUAGAUGAGGAGAAGCUGAAUCUGUACGGGGCUGGAAGCCCCCACUUGUGGCCGUUGGGGCAUGAGAUGGAGUACGAAUGUCGCUUUGGUGAUAUGAUACUUUGUAGCAAAGUGCGAGAGGCCUAUGAGGUCGGCUUUCGUGGCAAAAAGCGUGACAAGCCGACAGACAUGGAGAAGUUGCUGGGUGGGACAGGCGAUGCAGCCAGGGUUCGCAGGAUUGCCAAGGUGGAACAGGUCAGUUGUGACAACUGCGGAUUACAUUUAGCAGAUGCCGACAAGCCAGGAGGGAGAUUCUUCUACUACUGCAGGCAAUGCAAGAGGAGCGGUCGAAGGUUUGAGCUGUGUGUGGCUUGCCACGUCUUGGAGAUUCUGCAAGGUGAAGGAAAACAUAGCGGUGUUGGCUUCCACCCUCACUACUUGAAGUGCAAGCACAGAAGUUUGAUUCGAAGACAGAGCUUGGAGAAUGCCUAUCCAAGUUCUCCUCAUUUGCAUCGGGUUCUGUGUGAUUUGUGCGGCUCUGUGGUCGUUGGAAGAGGUGCUUCGGACAAGAGCAGCAAGCAAGAAGAAGGAAGCAACAAAAAGGCGCAGGAGUUGAAGGGAAACCCUCACCAGAAAACCUACAUCGUCUCCAAUGAGUUCUACGCAUGUCCGACAUGUCCAGAAGUCACUGGACUGCGCUUUGAGCUCUGCGUGCCUUGUCAAAAGAACAUCUCGGAAAGUGGCCACGGAAUACAACGACUUGAAAGCACGCUGUGA